GGUAGGCGUUUGAUUGUCUGGAGGUGAUGGUUUGAUUGUCUGGGGAUCACCUCAAGAAACGACCAUACGGGAUCAAGGUAUAGACGGUAUUGUGAGACCAUACUACUUCUGGAAGUUGAUAUCUACCACAGUGGGGAGCUGGUAGUUUACUGUUGUUGUUGAAGGAAUCUUGAUUGCUCAUUUGGACGGCGUGACGGAGGGAUGGGGCACGUCGAAGAAUCCAUUUCCUUCAAAUCGGCGCCUGAGGACAUGCCGACUGGUUGACGGGGCGGAGGGCGGAGGAGAGAGAGUAAUCGGUUUCCAACCUUCAAGUACAUAACGUCGUCAUUCUACAGCGAGUUCAUCCGGCGUCGCACGUUAUGCACACGUGCACUUUUGCGCAACUGUCCCUCAGGACCGAAGCAAGGAUGCGCUCCGGCGGUUCUCAUGUCUUCAACGUGAAGGCAGCAGCGAAGCGGCAUUUUCAUGGUGUGCAAUUGCGUAUAUUUCCAGUGACAAGAACAUUCUCCGCCGCCUGAUCUUGGCUGUCGAGUGGCAUUCCCCUUGUCAAUUUCUGCCGUCCCCGCCUUGGCAAUAGGACGACGGGUUUUGUUGUGCAUACACGCGCCGCCUCUUCUUCCCGCUGCGCGCCGUGUCAGUUCUUCCCGUUUCGCCCGCCGGCGAUUUCCCGCUGCUGGAGAUCGGUGCAUGGCGCUUGCCGACAGCCCUGGAGUGCGCCCACUAUCGACGUCUUUCCUCGUUCGGGAGGGUGGCCGUGGGCGGGAGGGACGAGGCGCCGGGGGAGGAGAGGAGUUGGCGGUCCUGGCGAACGGCGUGUCUGUAACGAUUGGCGUGGAAGCGGGAGGAGGAGGAGGUUCAGCAGCGUCGCCGCCUUCAGCGGUAAGCUGGCCGGGGGGUGCUCCUCGGCUGUCGACAACGCCCCCCCCGGUGAUGGCGGCGGGGGUGCGGGGAGGCGGAGUCGUAGCGGACGGCGGGUUGGGAACGUCUUCCGCAGGUCUGCGGAUCCUCGGGGAAGAGACGACGGCGGUUCUCAAGGGCGGAGCGGUCGGGGUGGUGGUCUCCCCUUCUGCACUUGUCCCGCCGGGCUCCGCGACAGUCGCGCAUUCGCGCUAUCAUUCGGACUUUUUUCCUUAUCAUCGAGAGACCAGCGGGCAGCAGGCGACAACACUGGCCGAGGGUGCGGGUAGGGUAGAGGGAGCGGCUGCGAUGCCGCUUCAGCUGCGCAUGGCGGCGUCGGGUGGCGCAGAAGCGGGAGGAGGUGGUGGUUCGAGGCUGACAGCCGUCGGCAGCGGCGGCAGCGCGGUGGACACAGCGGCGAGCGCCAGAACGGACUCCGCUGCCGCCGCGAGUCCCAGCGCCGGCAGCGAUGGCGGCGGCGGCGGCAUCAGGGAUGGCGGUACUCGGGCGGGGGAAGGAGUAGCUGACCGUCUUUUGACGGCAGUAGGGGGUGGGGGAUUGGAUCACCACCUGCAUUCGUCCACCCUGGAGAUCGAACCCUCAUCGACUACUUCGUCACGUUUCACGCCGGGCGGUCUCUACGGAGAGCGAGGAGGGGGAGGGUUAGGGGGAGGGUUAGUGCUUGCCGGUGGUGGUGGAUUGAGCGGGCACCCGAUGUCUGCUCCCCCACCCUCAGCGAGUUUAACGCCGCGGACCUCGGCUCCCACGAGCAGCAGCAGUCUGGUCGCUACCAGAGUCCGCUGGAUUCGGAAACUUCUCCUCUUGGCAGUUAUCUUCAGUGCUUCCUUGAGCAUGGUAGCCGCCAUCCUUCUUAAUCUCCCCGGAGUGGACUCCCUAUACGAGGAUGAAGACGCCGGGGGCGGCAGAGGACCGCGAGGAGGAGGUGGGAAAGGGGGGGCGGAAUUUAAUACCCUGGUUCUCAAGUUCCCAUCCAGUAUGGACGAGCUGAAAGCCGUCCGAGCCACACUUGCUCGCUAUCAAGACAAGCAUCGCGUAAGGGUCGAAGUGGGGCUUGUUUGCCUGUAUGUGUUUUGUCAGACCUUCAUGAUUCCGGGAACGAUUUUCCUCAACAUCUUGGCGGGUUCAUUGUACGGAUUCUGGAAGGCACUUAUCCUCGUGACGCUUUCAGCAUCGGCGGGGUCGUCUUGUUGCUAUUGCCUCUCACAUUGCUUGCUCAAGGAUAUCGUUGCGCAGUGGUUUCCAGAUAAGUGCGAGUACCUGAGCCGUGAAGUACAAAGACACCGGCAUAAUCUUAUCAACUACAUUCUGUUCCUUCGAAUCACCCCACUCCUUCCUAAUUGGUUCAUUAACAUGGCGUCGCCUAUGGUGUCUGUCCCGUUCAAAGAUUUUUAUCUGGGCCAGGCAGGUCAUCUGCUUGGAGCUCUGCGAAGCAGGUAUGAGGUGAGGUUUGUCCAAAUCCUUGUGAAUGUGCUGUCGGUGAAGGAUUCACCUAUAGUAUAGGGGCAAUAUAGAUAGAUACAGAUAGGCGAAGCAUUAGUUGAAGGAGAAAGAUUGUAGGCAAAGCAUUGGAUGUGGAAGCAAAGAUCGAUUGCGACGGCUCUCGAUCAUCCAUCUUGACUGCGCAAUCUGCUCUGGCUACACCUUAUUUUGGCUUCUUUUUCUUGUUCUGAAGUUCUUUCCUCGACACCCCUCCCUCCUUGCCCCAUAGUGGUUCUCUCCCGCCUCUUGAAAGGUGGUUGAUGCCAUCGAGUUUGUUUUCGAUAGAAGGAUGCACCACGAUCUUGUGCAGUAUUGCUGCACUUUUCUUUGUGUUUUUUUUUGCUUUUAAUAGAUGUUUCAGCCGUCUGUGCGACACAGUCGCAAGUGACAGUGACGGCUUACGCAACGCAGGCAUCCGACCGUCUGUCGUCCUGUGCACGAUGUGGUAUGACCACUAUUCGUGCAAUGUGGAACCAUUUUUUUUGCUGCUCCUUACUUCUUUUCCUCAUGAAAGAAAAAAGGGAAUACUAAUAAUAGCAUGUUCUGC